GCAUGGAGAGACUAAGUUUUUGCUACCUCUUGAAUUUGAGAUCUGAAUUUACAGCUCAUCUCAGGAAAGAAGAUGCAUCUUGACAUGAUGAACCUGCUGUGCCUCUGCGCAAUGCUGUUCUCUCUAAGCUGUUUGGCAGACUGCAAGAUGAAUUGCAGAGAUGAAUGCUGCAUGAAUAACCUUCCUGCAAAAAUGAGAGACCUCAGAAUUGCACACUCAAAGUUCAGGAAACACUAUCAAAAACAUGAUGACCUCUUUGAAACUACUCUACUGGAUGACAGCUUACGCAAUAUGAUUAAGACACCAUAUGGUUGCCAUGUGAUGAAUGACAUGCUGACAUUUUAUUUGAAAGAUGUGUUGCCAAACGCGCUGACCAAAGUGAGCAAUGAGCUGAAAAGUUCAGUGGAGACUGUUGGAAGCAUCUUGCAUGACUUUCAUGUCACCUUUACAAAAUGUAAGAAACACUUCUCUUGCAGUAAAAGAAUGGUCAGCGUAAAGGAGAUAAAGGAGAAUUAUGAAAAUAUGAAGGAGACUGGUGUGUACAAAGCAAUGCAUGAGCUGAAUCUCUUCUUCUUUUACAUCGAAGAAUACCUCCAAAGCAAGAAAUCGAAUUGAGAAAUGGAUGGAAUGUUUUGUAGCUAGGUGCAUAUUUUUCAAUGGAAUUUGGGGGAGCUCUAUUUUUUAAGGUUGGCCAUUAGGCGUAUUUUAUCACAAUGUAUAGAACAGAUGAUCAAAAAUGACACAUUUUUACCUGUUAGUUUGUGUAGUUUUAGCCUUAAAAUGGGGUUAUUAAAGUAACACUAGUGUGAACAGAAUUUAAUGAGAACUGUACCUUCACUGAAAUAGUGUGACAAAUUAGACAAUAAUUAUUAAUUUAUUCUUAAUUAUUGUAAUUGAAAUUGCCCAUUUAAAUUAUUUUAGACUCCCCUCCCAAAUUUCAUAAGUUAUCAUUUCUGGGGAACUUGUACCUGAUUCAGGUGACACUCCCAUAUUUUGCACCAUGUACUGUAGCAUCUGUGGGUCCUUUCCACUGGGGUCCUCAGAUACAAAGCACUCUUCAUAUGAAGAUUAGUCUACCUCAGGCCACUGGCCAUAUUAUUUUUGUUUAAUGUUUGUAGGGGGUUAACACUACAUGAAAUUUAUUCAAAAAGUUGACAAUGUCAAAAUGCUUGUUUCACUGCUUGGUUCUAAUAGAACUUACUGUACUUUAUAAAAGACAGUACAGUGCCUUCAAAAAAUGGGGAUUGCAUCUUCAUUGGACUGUAUUAUUUAUCUUCUAAGGAUAUAAGUCUUAGAACUUUAGUCAGAGACGCAUUCAGAAUCUGAAAUGUUGUUUCACUUACAGUAUUACAUUUCCUUCAUAAAAAAAACUUAUUAAAUAAGUAAAACAGACACCAAGUGAUGGAUGUGUUAUGCACUGAACGUAAUUUAUUGUAGGUUUAUAGAAUGAACAGUAUUUGUCGUCUUUCUACAAGUGUCUUUCUAGUCAGUAUUGUACUCAUAAUCUGCUCAGAGCAAUCUUAGCAAUAUGGAAGGCACACAUACCAGACCGAAAUGAAUGUAUCUGUGGAUUUUAAAAUGAUAAAUUGUAUUUAUUUAUAUGAGUAUUUGUUGAUUAAGCAAUUCCUUCUCUGAGAGCUGCAGUCCAUUGACCAGGAAUAAACAUUCUGAAGCCUCCAUCACCGGACACCAAGGCCAAACUCACAGAUCUCAUUAAAGUCUUAUAAAAAGAUAGAAUCAGAAGAUUAUGUAAUUAAGAUGACUUUUGUGUUGAUGUGGGUGUUUCCUGUUUCCUUUACCACAUGUAUUCAGUUUCAUUUUUAAAAAAAAUUAAUUUGCAGUGAUUGAUUGGAAAGAAUUCACUGGUCUUGAAUGUGUCUGACAGCUUUGAAGCUAUCAUUGAGGAAAGAAAGAAACAAAGGUGUCUUCUCAAUGUGUGAGGAUAGGGGGUUGCUUUUUA